AUGCCUAAAGACAGGAAGAUCGGAAUCGCGAUGGAUUUCUCAGAGAGCAGCAAGAACGCACUCAAAUGGGCCAUCGAGAACUUAGCUGACAAAGGAGACACACUUUACAUCAUCCACACACUACCAACCUCUGAAGCUGAAUCUCGUAACGCCCUCUGGCUCGAAUCCGGUUCUCCUCUCAUACCGUUGGCUGAGUUUAGGGAACCGAAGAUCAUGGAGAACUACGGUGUCAAGAUCGACAUCGCAUGUCUUGACAUGCUCGACACUGGUUCAAGGAAGAAAGAGGUGCAUGUAGUGACAAAACUAUACUGGGGAGAUGCAAGAGAGAAGCUUGUUGAUGCUGUUAAAGAACUCAAACUUGAUUCUAUUGUCAUGGGAAGCAGAGGACUCAGUGCCCUUCAAAGGAUAAUAAUGGGAAGCGUGAGCAGCUUUGUGAUCGACCACGCGCCGUGCCCUGUCACCAUUGUCAAGGAUAACUAA